AUGAACAACUUCAGGCAAAAUAAUACUGCACGGCCACAAACUAAGUUAUGUUAUUCAUGUCAAAAGCCAGGACAUUUGGCAAAAUCCUGCCUCUUGGCUAAUCAACAACCAGUUAAUACUAAGCUCCAAGGUUAUGAUAAGAAUUGGCAAAUGGAUAGACACGUGACCAUUUGCUAUCGUUGUGGGAAUAGUGGCCAUAUUGCAAAGUUCUGUAAUGCCAAGUUGGAGGGAGGUCUGGGUUCUAGUAGAGAUGGUGAAAGCCCCAAGAAAAAUGAUUAAAAAAUCAGACUGUCUACCGUUUCUUCAGCGAGUAAGAAGAAAACCCUUAUGGUCGAGACUACUAUUAAUGGGAAAAACAAACUUUGUAUAGUUGACACUGGCGCAUCUAUUUCAUUAGUUAGUAAAGACCAGUGGCAACCUCUUAAACUGGAUGAUACCCCAUUAUUUCCAUCCGAUAUUGUUGCAGAAGCCGCUAACAAUUCUCCCAUUGGGAUUUUGGGCAAAACCACCUUGAAUGUGCAAUUUGAUGAAAACAACAAGUCAUCUCAUGACUUUUAUGUGGCUAAUGAAAUGGUGUCUGAAAUUAUUCUGGGUUUAGAUUG